AUUUCUUGAAAUACUUUAUAAGCCACCAUUUCUCCCUCUCUUACCUUUCAAUUUCUCUUUCCCUUCCUCAACAAAGAAAUCUCUUAUUAUUUAUUCAUAAAAAGAAAACUCUGAACACUUCUUAAACGCAAAGCAAUUCACCUUUCCAUUCAGAGAGAAAGUCCAUCUAGCUGCAGUCGGGUUUAACAUGGAAGAAGCGAUACAAGGGAGUUCAGAAAUUCCAGAGUUAAAGUCAGUUGAGGCCGUUGCUGACCCAGUCAAGGUAAUAAACGGAGAUAUGCAAGAAGUUGGAAAAGAAGGGAAGAAAGAAGAGGAGGAAAAUACCUUAGAUGGUGAAUUUAUAAAAGUAGAGAAGGAAUCAUUGGAUCUAAAGGAUGUUUCUCAUGUAGCGGAGAUAGCAGCGGUGGAAGAUAAACCAUCUGUAGUUGAAAGAAGCUCAAGUGGUUCCAGCAGAGAUUUACUAGAAGCCCAGGAGAAGAUGAAAGAACUUGAGCUUGAACUGGAAAGAGUUGCAGCUGCAUUGAAGCAUUCGGAAUCUGAGAAUACAACACUGAAGGAUGAGGUUUUACUUACGGAAAAAAAGUUGGAAGGAAGUGAAAAGAAAUAUCAAGAGCUCGAACUGAGUCACAAGAAAUUGCAAGAGCAGAUUGUUGAAGCUGGGGAGAACUACAGUUCACAGCACAAUGCUUUGCAAGAAACUCUGCGAGCUCAAGAGGCAAAGCACAAGGAACUGAUUGAGGUAAAAGAAGCGUUUGAUGGUCUAAGCCUUGAUCUGGAAGGAUCACGAAAGAGAAUGCAAGAGUUGGAGGAUGAGCUGCAACUUUCUGUUGGAGAAGCUCGGAAGUUUGAGGAACUGCACAAACAAAGUGGUUCACAUGCAGAAUCAGAGACACAAAGGGCCUCGGAAUUUGAGAGGUUGCUUGAAGUGGCAAAUGCAACUAUAAAAGAAAUGGAAGGUCAGAUGGCUACCCUACAAGAAGAGCUCAAGGGCUUGUACGAGAAGAUUGCUGAGAAUCAGAAGGUAGAAGAAGAACUAACGAGCACCAAAGCAAAUCUUUUUGCGACUCAAGAAGAGUUUGCACUUUCAAAAUCGCAAGUGCUGGACUUGGAACAAAGACUAUCUUCAACUGAAGCUCUAGUAAGUGAACUGACUCAGGAAUUGGAACUCAAAAGGGCAUCAGAAUCGCAGGUGAAAGAAGAAAUCUCUGCCGUUAAUGAUCUGCUCACCUUGACUAAGAUAGAGCUUGAAGCGAAGGUUUCUGAGUUGGAAGAUAUCAAGUUGAAGCUACAAAAGGAAGUCAAUACUAGGGAAUCAGUUGAAGCUGGUUUGAAAGCCCAGGAAGCACAGGUCUCAACCGUACAGGAAAAUCUGGCUAAAGUAACUGAAGAGAGGGAAGCAAUUGAAGCAGCCAUGGCUGAUCUUACCAGUAAUUUAGCAAUGACAAAGGAAUUGUGCAGUGAACUUGAGGAAAAACUGAAGAUCUCAAAUGAGAAUUUCAGUAAAACAGAUUCUCUAUUGUCUCAAGCUUUGUCUAAUAAUGCUGAGCUUGAACAGAAGUUGAAGUCUCUAGAGGACCUCCAUAAUGAGUCCGGAGCUGCAGCAGUAAUUGCCACUCAAAAAAAUCUUGAGCUUGAAGAUGUAAUUCGAGCAUCAAAUGAAGCAGCUGAAGAGGCAAAAUCAAAAUGGAGAGAGCUUGAGACACGCUUUAUAGCAGCAGAACAAAGGAAUGUGGAACUUGAGCAACAGUUGAACCUAGUUGCACUUAAAUGCAGUGAUGCUGAGAGAGAAGUUAGAGAAUUCUCUGAGAAGAUCCCUGAUCUCAGUGCUGCAUUAAAAGCAGCCGAUGAAGAAAAGAAACAGCUGGGUGACCAAAUGCAAAGUUACCAGGAAAAGAUAACCCAGCUGGAAUCAACCCUAAACCAUUCACUUUCACGGAAUUCUGAGCUUGAGGGGGAGUUGAAGAUUGUGAAGGAGAGAAGUGCUGAACAUGAAGACAGAGCCAAUAUGAGUCAUCAGCGCAGCAUUGAACUAGAAGAUUUGUUUCAGACAUCUCAUUCCAAAGUAGAGGAGGCUGGCAAGAAAGUGAAUGAGUUGGAGCUGUUGCUUGAAGCAGAGAAGUACAGGAUUCAGGAACUUGAAGAUCAAAUAAGCACAUUAGAGAAGAAAUGUGAGGACACAGAAGCAGAAUCCAACAAACACUGUGAUAAGGUAUCUGAACUGGCAUCAGAACUUAAGGCAUUCCAGGAAAGAGCAUCAAGCUUAGAAGUUGCACUGCAGAUGGCAAAUGAUAAGGAGAGGGAUUUGACAGAAUCCCUGAACGUUACAACAGAUGAGAAGAAAAAGUUAGAAGACUCAUCAAACAGUUACAGUGAAAAGCUCGCUGAAGCUGAAAAUCUAUUGGAAGUCUUGAGGAAAGAUUUAAGUCUGACACAAGGUAGACUUGAAAAUAUUGAGAAUGAUCUUACUGCUGCUGGAUUGAGAGAAAGUGAGACGAUGGAGAAACUUAAGUUUGCUGAAGAGCAACUGGCACAACAAAGGAGGGUGUUAGAGGAAGCUACAGCCAGAAGCUCAGAACUUGAAUCAUUACAUGCAUCCCUGACAACAGAGGCAGAGCUUAAACUACAAGAAGCAUUAGCAAACUUCAGCAGCAGGGAUUCUGAGGCAAAUUCGUUGAUUGAAAAAGUGCAGCUUCUUGAAGAUCAACUGAAGAUUUAUGAAGAGCAGGUAGCCAAAGAAGCUGGAAAAUCUGCAUCGUUGAAGGAAGAGUUGGAUUCAUGCUUGACCAAGCUGGCUACUUUAGAGAGUGAAAAUGCAGGACUCGAGAGGCAGGUAGCAGAAGCAGCAAAUAGAGCUUCAAUCUCUUCCUCAGAGAAUGAACUCUUGGUUGAGACAAACAAUCAUCUCAAAAGCAAGGUUGCCGAACUUGAGGAAUUAUUAAAUUCUGCUAUCUCUGAAAAGGAAUUCACUUCCCAGCAACUUUCUUCUCAUAUGAACACUAUUACAGAGUUAACAGAUCAGCACUCAAGAGCAUCAGAACUUCAUUCUAUAACCGAAGCUCGCUUCAAAGAAACAGAAACUCAAUUGCACGAAGUCAUUCAAAGAUUCACUCAGAGAGAUACCGAAGCCAAUGACUUGAAUGACAAGAUAAAUGUUCUUGAAAGCCAAAUAAAAAUGUAUGAAGAACAGGUUCAAGAGGCAUCAAUGAUUGCUGAAACUCGGAAAAUCGAGUUGCAAGAUACUGUCUUGAAGUUAAAAAAUCUGGAAAGUAUUGUCGAGGAGCUGCAAACCAGGUCAAGCCACUUCGAAAAAGAGAGUGGAGGAUUGGCUGAGGCAAAUGUGAAACUAACUCAGGAUCUGGCUAUGUAUGAGACCAAACUGAGUGAUUUACAAGCAAACCUUUCUGCAAACCUCACGGAGAAGGAUGAAACAAUUCAGCAGCUCACUGCAUCAAAGAAGGAUUUAGAACAGCAGCUAACUUCUGAAGUGCAGAGACUUCAAUCUCAGAUUUAUUCAGUCGCGGAAGAGAACAAAUUGCUAAACGAAACAUACCAAAACGCUAAGACGGAGCUUCAAUCUCUAAUCUCACAGCUCGAAGGACAACUGCAAGAACAGAAGGCAAUUGAAGACACUUUAAAGAGCAAGAUUGAAAGUCUUUCGGCUGAGGCUGCCGAGAAGUCAAAUUUGGAAAAUCGUCUCAGAGAAGUUGAAGAGCACUGGGUGACAGUUGAAACUCAAUUGAAAGAAGAGGUUAAAAACGUGAAAGAAGCCGCCGCUGCAAGAGAGGCAGAACUAAAUUUGAAAUUGGAGGAUCAUGCUCAUAAAGUCAGUGAUAGAGAUGCGUUGAAUGAACAAGUGCUGCAACUUCAGAGAGAUAUACAACUUGCACAGAUAACUGUUGCCGAAGUGAAAGCAGCAAGUUCUCAGAAAGAAAGCGAACGAGAGGCCGCUCUGAAGCAUUCCCUUGAGGAGCUCGAAGCUAAGAACAAAGAAGUCGAAAAUCUAAUCAAGCAAGUGAAAGAGCUUGAGCAGAAAUUGCAAGCUAAACAGAAGGUAGAAGUAGACAAUCCGACUGAAACGAAGGAAGUAACGGAGGUGAGAUCCAGAGACAUCGGAUCGACUCUUCCAACACCUACAAAACGAAAAAGCAAGAAAAAGUUAGAAGCAGCCGCUCACACUUCAUCCUCCUCCUCUGUGCAAACACAUACUCACGGCAACGAUGUUUCUGCUGCCACAACAUUCAAGUUCAUCAUCGGAGUAGCCCUGGUGUCUGUGAUCAUCGGCGUAAUUCUUGGGAAACGAUAUUAGUUUUGGGAUUGCGGUUUAUGGUUUUGCAUUGAUAUUUUUAGUUUCCUGGAAGUUGCGCACAGAAGAAUGGAAAGCUUUGUUUGUAUGCUUUCUUAUUUCGAUUUUGAUUUUGAGGUUGAUCAAGGAGUUUGGUUUUUUAAUUUUUAUACCUUGCCUGUAUAAAAAAAAAAAAAAAAUUGCAAAUGAUUCAUGGAAUCUGUGAAGUUUGGUGUAUGUAUGUCACCCAAAAUCUUGUGAGAUUGGUUAUACUUUUCCCCGAUUUAAUAAUAUAUUAUGUAGCUUGAUUUCCAAA